GAAGAUCACAGUCAUCACGACAGAGAUUUUGAAGUAGACUACGAUUACUUUGAUACGAAUAUCUGGCCAAAAUUGGCGUACCGUAUCCCAGCUUUCGAACGACUCAAGGUAAUGCACAUCCUAACAUUUAGGCCAUGUGACACGGGAUCAGAUAAAUUCAGAAAUGCGCUUAAAUUUUCAAGAUCUUGGAUGAAUUGUACAAGUACAACCUGCAGCUAAAUGAUCAGCAAGAGUCCACCGGACGAAUUUGCAUGUGUUAAAAUUUCCCUCUCUCCCCCACGUGAAAGUAAAACACGCCUCGUGGUUAAAUUGAUGUUUAAGAAUUUUUUAAAGAUCUCAAUUUUUCCCGCAGGUAACGAGUGCGUGGGCUGGAUUCUACGACUACAAUAUUUUGGAUCAAAAUGGCAUCAUUUCUUCUCAUCCCGAGAUUGAAAACUUUUAUUUAUGUAAUGGAUUUAGUGGCCACGGUCUUCAACAAUCUCCUGCGGUUGGGCGAGCAAUCAGUGAACUAGUUAUAGAUGGAGGAUUUCAAACUAUUGAUUUAUCACGCUUCUCUUUCGAGAGGUUUAAAGAUAAUAAGCUAAUUAUUGAGAAUAAUAUAAUAUAA